CCCAAAGAAAAUCUCCUCUUCUUUAGGCAAAGUUUCUCUCAGAGCAUUUCUUAUAUUUCUCUCUUUGUGUCUCCACUUUACAGCAUGGGUUUGAAGACAGUCUUUGUUGUUUCUAUGCUUCUUCUUGCCGUCUAUUUGCAAACGACACUUGGGCACGAAGUCAAGUGCGAGAAUCUGGACAAAGACACAUGCGCAUUCGCGGUCUCGGCCGCAGGAAAACGCUGCGUUUUGGAGAAGAGCGUGAAGAGGAGUGGGAUCGAGGUGUAUAUGUGUCGAGCAUCGGAGAUAGAAGCGGACAAGGUCACAAACAUUAUUGAAUCAGACGAGUGCAUUAAAGCCUGUGGUUUAGACCGGAAAUCUUUGGGUAUAUCAUCAGACGGAUUUUUGGAAUCCCGGUUUACUCAGAAACUCUGCUCGGUUAAAUGCUUAACCCAAUGCCCUAACAUCGUCGAUCUCUUCUACAAUCUUGCAGCUGGCGAAGGAGUAUACUUGCCAAAGCUAUGUGAAUCGCAACAAGGGAAAUCAAGAAGGGCAAUGUCUGAAAUUAGGAGUUCGGGUAUUGUAAUGGACACACUAGGACCGGUUGGACCGGUCAGGUUGGGUGAGAUGGCACCAGAGCCGGCUACAUCAAUGGAUCAUAUGUCUUACGCGCCGGCACCUUCAUCGUAUUAAUUAAGGCAAGCAAGAAUGGAGAGAAGACGUACCAUGCAUGUCAUGAGAUUCCAAAGAGAAUAAUUAAGAACAUAUUACAUCAUGUAAUGCUUAUAUAUAUUUUUUAGUAACAAAAAAAACCAACACGAGUGGUAAGAGAUGGUGAAAGUUGUUCGCUUAUAUAGUUAUAUUAGUAAUCAAUCUUAUUAUAUAACCCAAUAAAUAUGCUUGUGUUUAUU